AUUCAUACCUGUCUUCCACGAACCGCAUCUCGGAAGCUCUAUCUCGCUUCGGACAUAAAGGACUGCUCCAAAAAACUCAUGGAACGACUCGUCCUUUAACCGCGUCACAGCGGUAAAGUCGCUGGGCGCCCAACUCUGGAGAAAGGACCAUUCGCCGAAAGCGCUAAACCUCUCAUAACCGAGAGAUUCAAACAACACUAACAUGACUCAUUCCCAAGGAAGCGCGAUGAAAAUGAAGCCUGUCAAUGCAAAUUCGGAACUUUCAACGCCGCAGAAAACUCACCCAUGACGAUAUCCUUUCACAUGGAUAAUGUGUGCGCCCCAGUUCACCCUUCAGAACACAUGGGGAUGGGUCGGAAGUCUCGCUAUCUGGAGAAGACAUCGGGAAGAAAUUUGAUGAAUCACUUGUCGAAUUGCCGAUUUGGAAUUAAAGACACCCCAUUUUCACCACCCAGCAUCUCAGGACUCAGUUUCUGCGAGCCAACUAAAUUCAGACAUCCCUGGAAUGGUCUUCUUCAACGGGCUUUUCCCUUCUGUGUUUCUCGCCAUUCUGUACGCCUCCAACGGCAACGUCGCAGCCCGUCCCCCAGUUGCAAAAUAUCCUACUCAUCAUGUGAGGGACCUCGGAAAUGGCGUCAAGGUUCCAAUCUUUCACCCUCAAGCCAACUACACGACUUUUGGGGAGGGUAUUGAGGUCCCAUUGUCGUUCGCUGGGGCUGGAAUAGAAGACAAUACUCUCUCUUUUGUCUCGUCGCAACUCGGCUUAGAUUUCGCCAAGGUGUCAUACAAGUCCGGUUACAUCCGGGUGAACGGUGAAUCAUUCGGUUACGCCAAACAAGUUCACGAAGGUGUUCCCAUUGCGAAUGCCGUUGCCAAUGUUGCAUUCAAGGAUAACAAAGUUGUCGCUUUUGGUCAUUCAUUCGUUGAUACCUCCAAGAUUGCGGAUUCAAAACCAUCGGUUGAUGUUUCCACUGUCAUUCCGAAGGUGGAAUCAGCUUUACAGGGCAAGAAGAACGAUAUCCAGCCGACCCUGGAGUACCUUGCUCAGCAAGACGGCGCUGUUGCUCUCGCACACGUCUUCCAAGUUCAGAACGAAGAAGCUGGGACAUGGUAUGAGGCCUUUGCCGAUGCUCACUCUGGCGAAUUACUUUCUGUUACUGACUUCGUCGCUGAGGCUUCCUACCGUGUUCUCCCAAUCUACAAACAGGACCCCAUGGAGGGCCUUGAAUUACUACUAGACCCUUCGCUUCCCUCCGCGUCACCAAACGGAUGGCAUGCUACUAACGGUGACGAUACCUCCGGUAACAACGUGGUUGCUUACAAAGGUGCAGAAACCAAUACCACCAAGCAAUCUAGUAAUGGGCUUAUCUUUGACUAUACGUACGACCCAUCGGUGGGCCCGUCUGAAGGAGCUAACGCCGAUGUUUCCCGCACGAAUGCUUUCUACUUGACCAACGCCUACCACGAUACGUUGUACCAAUAUGGCUUUACCGAGAGCGCGUUCAACUUUCAGAACGACAACUCUGGAAAGGGUGGUGUUGGUGGAGACCCAGUUCUCAUUAGCGUACAAGACGCUUCUGGCUUCAACAACGCAGAUUUUGGAACUCCUCCCGACGGUCAAUCUGGACGGUGCAGGAUGUUCAUAUUCACCAAGACGAACCCAAACCGGGACGGUGUCCUCCAAAACGACAUUCCAAUUCAUGAAAUGACCCACGGCCUUAGCAACCGAUUGACUGGUGGUGGUACUGCCCGUUGCUUACAGAAUCUCGAGUCCAGAGGUUUGGGUGAAGGAUGGUCCGAUGCUGUUGCUGAGUGGUUCGUUCGUUCUGACACCCCCGACAUCACUGACUUUGUAAUCGGCGCCUGGGUUCUCAACGAUCCUCGAGGUGGUCGCUCAAGGCCUUAUUCAACUUCAAUGACGACCAACCCUUACAAGUACUCCGAUAUUGCUGGCAUGUCUGAUACACACACUAUUGGAGAGGUAAACGAAUCAUUCGCCAAGUACGAUCUCACUGACUCCAUUCCUUAAAUCCUUAUGUUUCAUAGGUCUGGGCAAACAUCCUUCAUAACAUAUAUGCUAAACUCGUAGGCGCACACGGGUUCUCAUUCACCGCUCGAACGAGUGCAGAAGGGACUGAAGGAAACAUCGUCUUUUUACGGCUCUUAGUUGACGCCCUUGCUUUGCAACCUUGCAACCCGACUUUCCCUCAGGCUCGUGAAGCUUGGAUUCAAGCUGAUGCUAACCGGUAUGGUGGUGCUAACAAGUGUCUGUUGUGGAAGGUAUUUGCUAGUAGGGGUUUGGGUGUUGAUGCAAAGGAUAAGGUCGAUUCGGAUAGAGUUGCUAGUGGUUGUUGAGAUGGCGUUGGCUCUCUUUCGCUUCGCAACUUUUCAUGGGAUUCUUUGAUACAAGAUUUACGUAGUAAUUAUCUAGAUUUACAAAGAGGGUAACAUUUGACCUGACGCGUACGUUUUUGA